CAUUCCCCUCUCCCCACCCGGACCCUCCCCCCUUCCCCGGGCCUGGGACUGGAGGGAAGGCCGAAGGUCCUGGAGCGGGGCCGGGCUUGGGGGCCGGGGGCUGGGGGAAUGCCCCCAGGACAGCUCCCCCCGGGAGGCCGGUGCUGCGGGUCGCAAUGGGCGGAGGUGAAGGAGGCCGCCCGUGGGCGGAGGGAAGGCCGGCGAUCUCCGGAGGCCCCCCCACUUCACCGGAGGAGCUCCGGGGUUGGGCAGGGGAGCAGGGCAGCCCUCGGUCUCAUCGCCGCCGAGCCAGAGCCGGGCGGGUCGGGGUCGGGGCGAGUGGGCAAAGCAGCUUGGCUGCAGAAGCUUCGGCAUCUGGGGAGGGGCCCCCACUGGGUGAGGGGUCCCCGCCUUGUUGGGGUGGGGGGCGGAGGCCUGUCAUGCUUGGGUGUCUCCCCGGCUUGCGGCAAACCUCGCUCUUUGCCAGACGCUUCUUUGAGACUUGUCUGUGUCUCCUGUUUCUGUCACCGGGUCAGGAGGUCUUGUAAGAGAUGCCCGGAAGGACGGGGGCUUCGAGAAGUCGGGAAGUACACGGGAAGAAGGAUGGGGUGGCUCCUCUGGGGAGGGGUCCUUGAGAAGAGACAGGCAUAGGAGGCCAGACUGGUUAAGGCUCUUCUCCUUCCAGCCUCUGCCCAAUGGAGAUCUGGCCUCAGAAUUUGUUUCCUUUGCCCAUUCCAGGUUCUGGUGUCUGUGGAAAUUCAUUUUAUGUUGGAUCUAGUCUUGCCCAGAACUUGUCGCCUUAGGGAAUUGGAAUAGGAGUGAGGGACCUACGUUCUGCUGGAGCUUCCUGCCCCUCUUUGGUGACCUUAGGCAAUCGUUCCACUUCUGAGUCUUUUCUCACCUAUCAAGUGGGCACAAGACAAUUGCUCUGCCUCUCUCAGUAGGGUUGCUGUGAAAAUGCUCUGAAAUCAUAAAGCAUGAUGUGAAUGCCAUCAUUUGUCAAGCAGAAAUUUAAAAAAACAAAAAAACCGUCCUAGCCUGGUCACCUAGUGAUGCUGCAGAGUGGCUAUGAGUCUGGUCUGAAGAAGCACAGGUUGCUGCAAAUGACCCUGAGUCUUCUGGCCUUCCCCCCCACUUCCUUCCCUCCCCUGGGUCCCCCACUCUCCAUUUCAUCUGGCUCAUCAUGAAUGGUGCCCCUUCCCCUGAGGAUGGGGCUUCCCCUUCUCCUCCCCCUCUGCCACCACCACCACCUCCUCCAAGUUGGCGGGAGUUCUGUGAAUCCCACGCUCGGGCAGCAGCCCUGGACUUUGCCCGACGCUUCCGCCUCUACUUGGCUUCCCAUCCCCAAUAUGCCGGGCCUGGGGCUGAGGCAGCCUUUUCCCGACGUUUCGCUGAGCUCUUCUUGCAGCACUUUGAGGCAGAGGUGGCCCGGGCCUCUGGUUCCCUUUUAUCAUCUGGUUCAACCCCUCUGAGUCCUGGUACGGAAGCCCCAUCCCGUGAUCUUUCCCUGGAGAGCUGCAGGAACAGCGGGCCUCUGACUGUGUUGGGUCCUUCUCGAUCCUCUGAAGACCUGGCUGCCCCUCUCCCUUCCUCAAUCUCUUCAUCCUCCUCAAAGCCUAAGCUGAAGAAACGUUUCUCCCUUCGCUCUGUGGGCCGAUCAGUACGAGGCUCAGUUCGAGGGAUCUUGCAGUGGCGGGGAGCUGGUGAUCCCCCCUCUCCAGUGGGACCCUUGGAGACCUCUGCCUCUGGGCCACCUGUCCUGGGUGGAAACAGCAACUCCAACUCCUCUGGUGGGGGUGGUAGCACCAAUGUGGGGCCAACUGGCGGUGGGGCAUCCCCCGGGGAAAGAUGGACACAUCGUUUUGAGAGGCUGAGACUAAGUAGGGGAGGGGGACCCUUAAAGGAAGGGGCAGGGACAGUGCAAAGGGAGGGGCUACUGAGCUUCAUGGGAACAGAGGAGGCAGCUGUUGGUGGAGAAGGUCGAGGGGGAGGAGGAAUUGGAACCUCAUCUGGGGGUGGGGGACCACCAAGGUGGCAGAAGUGUCGCCUGCUGCUUCGGAGUGAGGGGGAAGGAGGAGGAGGAAAUCGGCUGGAGUUCUAUAUCCCACCUAAGGCAUCCCGGCCCCGGAUCAACAUCCUGUGUUCUACCAUCACAGAGGUCCGGACAACCACAGCCCUGGAGAUGCCGGAUAGAGAGAAUACCUUUGUGGUCAAGGUGGAGGGUUCUGUGGAAUAUAUUCUGGAGACAGCUGAUGCCCUAAAUAUGAAGGCUUGGGUGUCUGAUCUACAGGAUUGCCUGAGCCCAGGAGAAAACACAGACAGCCUGGACCUAUCCUGCCUCAACCACUCGGAGAGUCUGCCCAGCCAGGAGCUGCCCUUGGGGCCUAGUGAGAGCAAUGAGCACUUAUCUCAGGGGGCUUAUGGGGGCCUCUCGGAUCGUCCUUCAGCUUCUGUCUCCCCCAGCUCUGCCUCCAUUGCUGCCUCCCAUUUUGAUUCAAUGGAACUACUGCCCCCAGAGUUGCCCCCCCGAGUCCCUAUUGAAGAGGGGCCCCCAAUGGGGACAACUUACCCUCCACCAGCCCCCUACCCUCCUCCAGACACUCCAGACACUCCAGGGUCGUUCCUGUUCCAGGGGGAGUCAGAUGGAGGUGAUGGGGAUCACCCCCUUUCAGAGUACCCUUGGUUCCAUGGGACCCUCUCCCGACUCAAAGCUGCCCAGCUAGUGUUGGCAGGGGGUGCUGGCAGCCAUGGUGUCUUCCUGGUACGUCAAAGCGAGACAAGGAGGGGGGAGUAUGUCCUCACGUUCAACUUCCAGGGCAAGGCCAAGCACCUUCGUUUAUCCCUGAAUGAGGAUGGUCAGUGCCGGGUGCAGCACCUCUGGUUCCAGACCGUCUUUGACAUGCUGGAGCAUUUCCGGGUCCACCCCAUUCCCCUGGAGUCUGGGGGCUCCAGUGACGUCACCCUCGUCAGCUAUGUUGUGGCCUCCCAGCGGCUCCAAGAACCGAACAUCUCCCAUGACCCAUCCCAACCUACUGACCCUGAUCCGAGGGCAGACCCUGCACACCCUGGGGAAGAGGAGGAGAUGGUGGAAGCACCAGAAGCUGCAGAGCAGGAGAAGUUGCAGCCAGGGAAUGCCGGGGAGGAAGGGGUCCGCUCCAGAGCCAUCAAUAACCAGUACUCCUUCCUAUAAGGAUGAAUAUCCCCACACACAACUAAUUCCCCUUUCUUCUUGGCCCCGGGCCAGGACCCAGGACAGAUCCUCCCCAGAGAGGUACAAAUACUUCCCUUGCCCCUGUUUGUCUAGGGGGUGGGAAUGGUACAGGACAGAGGGACAGAGCCAUUAGUAACUUCCCAGAUGACACACUCCAAGGCGCCCCUUUUCCGGGGCGGGGGACUUGGAUCCAUUACCUCCUUUUGGGGGUGGGCCAAUUGUGCUCAGCCUCGCCCCCUGUGGGCCAUUUCUCCAGUACCUCUCACAGCUCUCUGUGAUGUAUUGGGGAGGGGCUGUAUCAGCUACAUUAAGGAUUUUUUUUUAAAGUGAAAUGGAGAAACAUCAAUAAAAAGGUUUAUCUCGGC